AGACCGGAAGUGGCGGUGGAAAAUGGCGGAUGGCGCUCAGCGGCCGCGGGGCCUGCAGGAGAAAGAAAAAAAGGUUGACUGGCGUAAAUGGAAACAAGAAAAAAAAGAAGAGAAGAAAAAAUGGAAGGAAAUAAAGCUAUUGAGAAAACUGGAAAAGAAAAGAAUGCAGGAGGUGAUGGAAAAACAAAAAGAAGAAGAAAAGGCAAAGGAAGACAAAGGACGUCAUUACACAGUUAGUGUAGCUCUGCCAGGCUCCAUCUUGAACAAUGCACAGUCUCCAGAGUUGCGGACAUACCUUGCUGGGCAAAUUGCCAGGGCCUGUGCCAUCUUCUGUGUGGAUGAGAUUGUGGUGUUCGAUGAGCAAGGAGAAGAUUCAAGGACUGUGGAAGGGCAGUUUGACGGGAUUGGAAAGAAAGGACAGGCCUGCGUGCAGCUGGCUCGGAUUCUACAAUAUUUGGAGUGUCCUCAAUACCUGAGAAAAUCAUUUUUCCCAAAACACGAGGAUCUGCAGUUUGCAGGACUCCUGAACCCAUUGGACAGCCCUCAUCAUGUGCGGAUAGAUGAGGAAUCAGAAUACCGGGAAGGAGUGGUGUUAGCCCGGCCCACCAAGCCAGGAAGAGGCUCCUUUGUUAACUGUGGGAUGAGGAAGGAGGUACAGAUAGACAGACAGCUAGAGUCUGGUCUUCGAGUCACUGUUCAACUGGACAAGCGGCAGAAUCCAGCCAGUAAAACACAGAAGGGCACUGUAGUGUCCUCGAACCAUCCACGGACUGUGUCUGGCCUGUACUGGGGUUACAAUGUCCGCUUAGCCUCCUGCCUGAGUGCUGUUUUUGCCGAAUGCCCUUUUAAAGAAGGCUAUGAUCUCUCUAUUGGGACCUCUGAGCGAGGGACCUGUGUGGACCAAGCAACUCUCCCCUCCUUCAGCCAUAUCCUAAUAGUAUUUGGAGGUCUCCAAGGCCUGGAGGCUGGUGUGGAUGGUGACCCAAACCUGGAGAGCACUGACCCAAGUGUCUUGUUUGACCUUUACCUGAACACAUGUCCCAGCCAGGGCAGCCGCACCAUCAGGACAGAGGAAGCAGUACUGAUAUCUCUGUCUGCACUGAGACCCUGCAUUGAUGAGGCUGUGAGGAAAACCCGUGGUAGCUGAAGGGGAAAAAAAACUGAUCUACAGAACUGACCCUGCCUUCUCUCCUGCUUUCACCUGCACCAGCACUCUUUCUUCUCCUCAGAUGGCCCAUUCCAAGUUAUGCUAACCCUACAUGUAG